AUGUUUAACCCGCACAGGAAUGCGUUUCUCCAAAUCGAAUGUCCAUUAAACCCUCGACUUAUCAACAAGGUUGUGAAACGCCACAUGUGUAAAAAGCUAACUUAUUUGGAGGGCGAAGACAGCAUUUUCGGUCUAGUACUACGGCCAGCUAAAAGACUAGAAUCCACUCAGGCAUCUCUGUCGGCCCAUUUCGUUGACGUCACUGAAGCAAGACAUGGCUUCGGACGCCUCGGACUCAAGAACCUCAUCAGAGACCUCAGCUCUGCAUCACAAUUAGUAAUAGUGCAAGCUGUGCAUACACUUCUAAACCAGAUAUUAAUACCAGAAGACGCUCUGUAUCUCAUCGAGAACAAUGUCGUCAUCAGGCUUAUACAGUUGCUGUUGGACAAUGAUCCCAUAAUUAGAGAAAAGGUUUCAAUACUGCUGACAUUUGUAGCAAGAUACGAUAUCGGCAGGAAGAAGAUCUUGUCGCGGCCAAUUGUCAUCGAUCGCAUUAUUGAGUUGAUCUCGUACGACCGCAAGGAGGUCAGAUAUGCCGCAUCAUUAUUCCUCAAAACUCUAACAAGAGACAAAUGUGCUUGCGAAGCAAUUAUGAAAAACGAAAGGAUUGUCGAAAUCCUACUGAAAAUGAUAAAAGACGACUACUUGGAGAUAGUGCUACACCACAUGAACUCGUUGAAAAAUCUCUCUGAGUGGGACCCUGUUAGGCCUCUGAAGGCAAACGCAUUUCAGGUGAUGAAGCAGCUCCUCAUGUUUAAUCAUUAUGAUCAGAUCAGAGUGGUACGAACCGCAAUAGAUGUGAUGACGCAGCUCUGUAAACAUAACGUAGGGAAGCGGCUGGCGGACAAGCAUGAUAUGACCAAAUUGUUGUUCAAUUACUUGCUGUCUCCACACAUACAGGUGGUCGUGAGCACACUGGGCCUGCUGCAGUAUAUCACAACGACGACAUACUCGAAAUGGCGUGCAAAACAAUUUGCAUACGAUUUUAUUGACCGGCUGAUUACUCUUGCUCAGUCGCAUACCUGGCCAGUGCUGCAACUCCGAGCUUUGCAAGUACUGACGAACCUAUGCGACUGUAGUGACAUUAGGAUCGCAGUUAAAACAUACUGGGACACAGUUAUGACGAACAAAGACAUUCCGAUAUUUCCUUUUGAGCAUUUUGCCGGUAGAACGGAGUGUAGUUCAUACAAUCUUGUGUGUGGUUACAAUUACACGACUAUGUGUGUAGAAGAAUUGAAUACGGUGAAGCAAGACUAUGGCCCUGAUGCUGAAGUUACGGACCCGUAUAGCUACUCGGGACACAUCCAGCAAUUAAAGGAGAAUCUUCUCAAAGCUAUGAAUGAGGAAAAUGAGGAAGUGUAA